AUGGUCGACGUUGGAAUCAACAUCGCCAACAACCUCAAGGCGAAGAAUUUUAUGGGCACGCUGAGCAUACGCAAUGGACUCUUCUUCAUCGCAAUUCAACAAUUCCUGCUGGGAGUGUCGUUGUACAGCGUCAUACACUACCUGCACCCCAGCCUUACCAAGCUUGCGUGGCUCCUGUUCGGCGUCAAUGCGAUCUCGGCCGUACUCGGCUUCCUAGGAGCACUCAAAAGGAGCAUGGUCAUAGAGUGCGUCUAUCUGGUAUUCUACUUCAUAUCACUGACGCUCGUCUUUCUUACCGUGCUGGACAUGGCUGAACUCGUCCAUUUGCUGCCGAAGGCGCCGCAAAUAAGAGAUGUGUCCGACUUCGGAGCCUUGAGGUCUGCAGCUUUCCUCAGAGCGGGAGGAAUGAAGCCGCACGUAUUCCUCAGGCAACGUGAUAUGCCGUUAGAUUUGGGUGAAGAUGAUUUUUCAACACAAGGAGACGAUGACCUAGAAAUAAAUCCCGAUGAUGACUCCAAGCUCAGGAACGAUGGACACAAUGCACUGCCCACCGACGUCGACAUUGCGCCUCUGCGUUCGCCUGACUUAGACAGACAACAGGAGAUUUCGCCUGCAAAGCAACAACGUCAACACGUUGUGGAUGAGAGUGGGCGCAGUGAUGUAGCAACUCCAGCUGCAGUUGCGACUAAUAAUGCAGAAGGGGCAACUGUUGACUCAGACCUGCGUGAUCUUGAAGCCAACAGAAACGCGACAACGACUACUGCGCCCAAACGUGGGAGAGAUAAUGCCAAUGUUCACGUACCUAAAGCGCUGGCAGCACCUACUAAGGAAAAUGAAGUCACCGCUGAUAGUUUACCUGCGCAAGCAGAAGUCGCCGAUUCGGUAGAACCCGCGAAAGAGCCAAACGCCGAAGACGCCAAGAUGGAAUCAUUCUACGAUCGUUUGCCGCUUGUGCCACACCUGGGAGAGACUGAGGGUGAGGCGGAAGAGGUUUCAAAAGAGGAACUGCCGCCGGAAACACACGAUCUCACACCAGAAGGCAUCUCGGAGGUUGUCGCCAUCUACAAAAUUCAAAAACGACCCCUCAAAAUGGCGGCUGCAGGGCUUACAACAAUGGCGCUCCUGUUCAACAUCUACUGCUACUGGGUGGCAGUAACCUUUGUGCUUAACAAGUGCACAUGUCUCGACGAGCUGGUCUCCCAUCCAGAGCAGUUCACUCCACUCAUCGACUGA